UCGACACGGUUUCGUUGCGAAAGGUUUUUGCACUCGAAAAUAAUUUAAAUAAAAUAUUUAUGUCAGUGUAUUGAACUAUUAUUCAAUGAGUAGAACGUCGUGAUGUGUAUAAAUUGCUAAAAUUAUAAAUUAAAGGCUUUACUGCAAGGAAGAAUAGACAACAGCUGUGCUGCGGUGGUCCACAGCAGAAAAAUGUCAUCGCCGUCCAAACUUCGAUCCAAGAGACAGGCUCGAUACAGACGUCUGUUACACAAACGACUCCCAAUCACAAAAUGGCUUCCAGAAUACAACACGGAAAAGGCUCUAGCAGAUUUAAUUGCAGGCAUCACAGUGGGCCUUACGGUGAUACCACAGGCUCUGGCAUAUGCGACACUGGCUGGACUUAGUCCGCAGGACGGUCUCUACUCAUCGUUUAUGGGAUGUUUCGUCUACAUAGUGUUUGGGUCUUGUAAGGACAUUACUUUGGGACCGACAGCAUUGCUGGCCCUCAUGACUUAUCAACAAAUACAGGGUAGAAACCCUGACUAUGCUGUAUUACUCUGCUUUUUGUCUGGUGUAGUACAACUCGGAAUGGGGUUAUUACAUUUAGGUGUUUUAAUAGACUUCAUAUCAGUACCAGUCACGGUUGGGUUCACCUCAGCUACAUCUGUGAUUAUCGCCGUUUCACAACUGAAGGGCCUUCUAGGACUUCAAUUCAAAUCUGGCGGAUUCUUAGACACUGUUAAAAAGGUCAUAACCAAUAUACCGAAUGCAAGAUUAGCAGACAGUACUUUAGGAAUAUCCUGUAUAGUGCUACUUUUACUAAUGCGAAAAAUGAAAGACGUCAAGCUGCCAGCCAGUCAAAAAGGUUUAAAGAAAACUCUUUGGUUGCUCUCGACCUCAAGAAACGCGAUCGUGGUAGUAGGUUGUUCCGUAGCUGCGUUUUUAUUUGAGACAUAUUCCACUCAGCCGUUUAAAUUAACUGGAACUGUCAAAGAUGGUCUCCCUUCGCUGAGUUGGCCUCCGUUCUCCACAGCCGUGAAUGGCAGAUACGUAGGCUUCAUAGAAAUGUGCUCAGACCUCGGCUCCUCGAUAUUCAUAGUUCCUGUUAUCGCUGUGUUAGGCAAUGUGGCUAUUGCUAAAGCUUUUGCGAGUGGCGAGUCAGUAGACGCGACGCAGGAGUUGAUAACGCUGUCAUUAGCGAACAUUUUCGGUUCAUUCGCCGGUGCCAUGCCGAUCACUGGGUCGUUCUCUAGGAGUGCUGUGAACCAUGCCAGUGGAGUGGCCACGCAGUUUGGUAGCAUUUAUACAGGUGUACUGGUGUUACUGGCACUCAGUCUUCUGACUCCGUACUUCUAUUUUAUCCCGAAGGCGGCGCUGGCGUCCGUAGUGAUAUGUGCUGUGAUAUUUAUGAUAGAAUAUGAGGUUGUAAAACCAAUGUGGCGGUCUCGUCGCGCGGACUUGUUGCCUGCGUUCGCAACGUUCGCGCUGUGUCUGUCGGUGGGCGUCGAGCUCGGCAUCCUGGCCGGCGUCGCCGUCAAUGUCAUACUACUGCUGUACCCCAGUGCCAGGCCACAGCUUGAAGCUGAAAUUAUUACGAACGCAUCGGGCUUCAGUUACGUUUUAGUAACUGUAGGCAACAGUCUGUACUUCCCUGGCGUGGAGUACAUCAGACAGUAUGUAGAGAGAGCUGCUAAGAAGCAAGGCGGGUGUAGCAUGCCCGUUGUCAUUGAUUGCCGAUAUGUGUUAGGCGCAGACUUCACAGCGGCCAAGGGUAUGUGCGCGCUGUCGAGGUCGCUGGCUGCGCGCGGGCAGCCGCUGGUGCUGCUGUCGCCGCGCGCCUGCGUCGCCGCCGUCUUCAGCGGCGCCGGGGGCAAUGUCGUCGUUGUACUCACUCAUGCUGAACUGGACUCCACUCUACAUAGUCUUACAGGUCAAAUACCAUUACAACUAACCAGCAAAGAACACACACCGCCUCCAAACUACGACUCGCUAAAACAGUCAGACGAUGACGUCACAGAAGUAGUCAUCAUUGACGAUCAGAACAGUACGCCACUAUUGUGCAAGAACGGUACAGCACUAUCUCAUACCAACGGGGGCAAUGAUACGUGACGGUAUUAAUCUUUAAUUAGUUUUAUUCUAAUAGUAAAGUGUAGCUGAUUUUUAAUGGUUUUAGAUUUUGAAAUCGAUUGUUUUUAUGAUGAUAAUUAGACCAAUUUCAAAUUAGUUCUUAUGUAUGUUUGAGUUUCGGAUUAGCUUGAACGGUUUCGAAUAAAAUCGGAGCUCAUAAAAUUGUGGUAAUCAAUAUAAUAUCCUGAUAUUAAUGAUUUCUUAUUACCAGUGAUAGUCUAAAACCAUUAAUUAAAGUAUCAGCUAGCUAGUAGAUAUUUGUGUAGAUAUACGUACAAGUUCGACAGUGUCCUUCGCGUAGAUAGUUCCUAAAGUAUGUUUAUGUGAGUAAAGUACUUAAUUAUAUUUGGUUAGUGUUGAAAUUUCUAAUUAAAGUGCUUGUAGUAAACCAUAGUUAUUUUUACCUAUGAAAAACGGCAAUUUUAUAGGAAGAGACCUAUUAAUAAGAACCCCUCUUUUACUUUCCUCGUUUAUGUAUGUAACUGUGUAUGAAUGUCACCAACCGUCCUAUAUUGUCUGUAUACCCCUAAUAAUGACUUUCAAUCUUAAAAUUUUACCAAAUUUGUUCUAGCGUUUAAUAUUAAUUUAAAAAAAGAAUUUAAUACGUAACUUGUGAGACUAUGCAACAAGUGAGCUUCUGAUAAUGCAUUAGUGCUAGAACUUAAUAUAAAAAUUAAGAAAAUCGUUCCUAUUUAAAACCAUCAUGACUUCCAUUACAUUAAAUAUCCCCUUUCAACAUUCCGCUUAUAAAUGUAUUUGAAAGUCUGAUCUUCAUCUUCCAUUAAGUAUUCGAAUCGAAGUUUAAAUAUUUUCCAACUCAAUUCCUAUUUCCCAUAUCCAAUAAAGUUUGACUGAUACUGUUGCUUAGGGUGCGUCAAAAUCUAACCGAUAUACCGCUACCAAGUACAUACGAAGUGCACUUUUGCAUUGUUCAUGUUCACAGAGCUUGAGAGGGAGUGGGUUAAGUUAAUACUUCCUCUAGGUAGCAUAUUUGUGUUCACCGAAUAGUAGUGUGAUGUUUUGUUUGUCCAAUAGUAAAUUUCCUAAUGUCAAUCCAUUGACAAAUUACGUGAUUGGACAAAGAGAACCACGCGUUACAUAACCGUUUGAGCAAAAUCACUGUAACCAUUAUUGGAAUAUCAACCUUAUUGUAAACACUUACUGUUUUGUUCUCGGCCUCCCUUACCUCUGCAUUUGUAAGUUGCAGCUCCGCGGCUCUCAGACAAACUUAUAACAACUAUUUUCCUAAAUAAUUUAUUGACUAUUGUCGACCUUGUACAGAAUAAUGAAUAAAUUAGAGUAAUAAAGUAGAUUAAAUUAAUUAUACAUUUGCAAUUAAUUUUUCCUGGCGUUCAACGCUGUAUUUUGUGUGACUGUCAAGUAUCUCGAAAUCGAAGUACUUUAAAUCAAUAAAAUACAUAAUAAUCAAAUAGUAUGCCUAGAAUGAAUAUAUCGGUGUUAGAUUUGAUGUGAACUUUAGUGGUACCAGAUCAUUUUUCAAAUAUUUGCCUCAAAAUCUUAUAAUUCUGAUAGUUAAUUAUUACGUUUCUGGCUUACUCACGUGACUGAUUGACAAGGAACUUGACUAGUUUCAAGCCAUGCUAGAGGCUCAUAUUCAUGUGCAGCAUUCCGCGAUAUGAGAAGCAGCGACUGUACAGUUACGUGAGUAAAGCUAAAAUAUAAUAAUGAAUUUAGUAAGUGUCACGAAAGGAUUAAUAUAAUUCUGAUAAUCUAUAGAUAUUAUCUUGAUACGAAUUAGUACGAAUUAUGUAUCCGUAUCAAUUUUACGGGGCCCCGUAAACUAAAGCAUGCGUUCAAAGGUUGGCAGAAACUUAAGAAAAAUAAAAGUAAUUAAGGUCCGCUUAUUAGGGUAGAGGAAGUUGCCUGAAAAUAUUUUCGGUUUUCACACAAAUUAUAAGUACCUCUAUUUUAUGUAAAUAUCUCUUUUGAGAAAUUUUUACCCUUCAAGAGCUCGUAAACAAAUUUUUAUAUGGGGCCCCCAAUGCACGCUACGCCACUGUGUAUCAGUUAAGUGUGAUAAUAUAAUGUAGUGAGGGUGUGCAAUUUUAUCCACUUUUAUUGUAUUACAUUAAAAAAAUCAAAUACCAUAAUACCAGUAAAGUAGAAAUAUACACAUGAUAUAAAUACCUACGUAUUAGUCCUUUCUAAGUAAAUAAAAAAACUAGAAGACAGCUUCUUCGACCGCCCUAUCCGUUCCGACUUUGCAAGGGUGCUAUUUUCCUACUUGCUUAUUUUAUUUAAGAACUUCCUCCAAACACAACAUAAAAGGUUUACUUAAAUCUGUCCACUCAUUUUCGAGUUUUGCAUCUAUGAUUUACAUUUCAUGAAUAGAAUAAUGAACAAAUGAUCCUAACAUAUACACUGUGAAAAUUAUUUCGUUUUCGUCCCACGACAAAACCUACUGUGGCACAUCUCUGCAUCACCCCAUGGUUGACUGUUAGAGA